AUGGAGAAGGUGAAGAGUGCAGUGAGCCGGGUGUAUGGAUCGGUAGCGGCCAAGGAGGACAGCGGCAGGGGACACCAGGAGGGUGCACGACGCGUCGCCCAAGCCUUUGGCUACACGGAAGAAGAGCUGUCAUCCAUCCCGCAAGAGGCCAACAUGGGCCUGUCAUGUGGCAAUUCGGUCAAGUACGCCAACCUCAAGGAGGGCGAAGUGGUGGUCGACUUGGGUAGCGGCGGUGGUCUGGACUGCUUCCUCGCUGCGCAGAAAGUGGGCAAGAGUGGCUCAGUGAUCGGAGUCGAUAUGACGGAAGAGAUGAUCACGCUGGCCAUGAAGAAUGCCGCCAAGAUGGGCGCCAAAGCCUCCAUCGUCGAUUUCCGUAAGGGCGAGAUUGAGAACAUUCCCAUCGACGACAACACGGCCGACUGCGUGAUGUCCAACUGUGUCCUCAACCUCGUGCCGGACAAGCAGAAGGCCUUCCGGGAGAUCCACCGUGUCCUGAAGCCCGGCGGCCGCCUCGCCGCCUCGGACAUCGCCCUCAAGCAGCCUCUGCCCAAGGAGCUCUGGAGCGACUUGAUGACCUACGUUGGGUGCAUCGGUGGGGCGGUGCUCAUCGAGGACUACGUCCAGCAGCUCAAGGACGCCGGCUUCUCGGACAUCGUGGUUGUCGACACUGGGGCUGACCUGAACGCUUACACCGAAAUCGGGCCGAAUUGCUGUGCGCCCGCGGCUGAGGACCUUACUGGCCUCGCGGCGGCGGCUAGUGCGGGGAGCUCCUGCUGCGCUCCCGCCGACUCGUGCUGCGCGCCGGCGACCAAGCCGGACUCGUGCUGCGCGCCCGCCACCAAGCCCGAGUCGUGCUGCGCUCCUGCGACCAAGGUCGACCCGUGCUGCGCGCCCGCUGUCAAGUCGGACCCGUGCUGCGCGCCCGCCCCGGCGUCGUGUUGUGCCCCAGCACCAGCGUCGGCUGGCUGCUGUGGAGAGAAGGCUGAGGGGAAAGGCGAUGAUGUUGAAUUCGGCACUGAAAUGACCAACAUGCUCUCCAAGUUCGACGUCAACGCGUACGCGGCCUCGGUGCGCGUCAUGGCCCUCAAGCCAGCACUGCCCUGA